AUGCUUUUUCCGCGAGUUAAGCUUGUAGAGAGUCUCAACCCAAAUGCUCCCUUCGACAGUUUCCCUCUGUCAGAGGUUGAUGCACUACACGACACCAACGACACUGGGCAGAAAGAAGUGACUUCAUUAGUUUAUAACCCCAAUACUGGCCGUACGCCGGCUCAAAUAGCCUAUGAUCUCAGCCUCCUAGUAGACAUGCACCACCAAUAUAUUGAGAGCCCGUCCAGAUGUAUUAUCUCCACUGCCAGCAAUUCUAUUUAUGUGGAGCACGGCCCUUUACGCACGCAGCUAUCCACACUCGUUCAGGCGCAUGCAGCUGAGGGUAAGCCCUUUUCUCCCAGGAACGUCUUGACCUGUGGGGCACAGAUCCUUUCGGCAUUAAUGUAUGUAUACCACCCACGCAAGAAGCAGCGUGGCACAGGGCCGGACGUGCCAAUCUGCAAUAUCACCGACAUAUCACUUGACACCAUAACCUGCGACAGCGCGCUGACAUCGUUUUCGCUUGCGGGUUUGUGGAUGCUGAUUCCCGAAAUAGCAAACAGCACGCCACGGGAGUACAACAACCAGGAUAUCGAUGCACAUAUUGUUAAUCAGGUAUGUUGUAUUCUCUACCAAAUGGCUACGUUUAGGGAUCUAACUCAUGGAGUCGACAGGGCCAGCCUCCAAGGUAUUCAGUCAGAUGACCUCAGGCAGAUCUUUGAAAGGUCUCUAUUUGCAGAUGAUAAAGAAAGAUGGAGAGCUGGUCAAAUGCUUGACUUUAUGGUGAGAGCAAGCGGAGCUAGAGAGAUUGACAACCUGGAGUACGGCUCUCUAGCUGCCCUCAGUAACUCGGUAGAUCAGAUGGCCAUGGGCAAAGUACACAAGCUGCAAGAAGAAAAUGUCCACCUGCAGAAUUUACUAAUAGCAAGGGCCAACAAACUGGCAUCGGUGAAGCUGCAGAAUGCAAGAUUGAUUGACAAAAGAGAUCAACUGUCACAGAAGAACAGUGAGAUAGCUAAGGAAAUAAGGGCACUGAAGGACGAGGCUAAUGAAGGGUAUGAGCAGAUUAGCGCAAAACUUGCGAUCUUUGAUGACGCACUGGCCGAGGGUAAAAAGCUGCUGGAGUUAUUGCAAAAUAAUGGUCUCCUUGAGAAUGCAGAAUGUAACAAUAUUCAUGAAUGCUUUGCAAAGCUUAAUGGGGUUAUGAGGGGUGUGAUGGAGACGUAUACUAGACUGAAAGCCAUUGAAAAGACACAAGAUGUUCGUGCUGCAGGUGGUCUUGAGCAGCGUAUUCAACAGCUUAAAGCACACACGGGGUCCCACGGAGCAGUACUUCAGAAAUAUGAGACUCUUAGUACCAUGUUAAAGUCUAGCAAACGCACUAACGAUAACUUGCGCAACAUGCUGCUCGCUGAUGCUGGGAACUUUGAUCUCAAAAAAAAGUUCAAUUGUCUGCAUUGUCAGAGCAAAAAAAAGACUAUUUUGUGCACGAAAUGUAACAGCCUUGUCUUUUGCAAUGAGUGCUGGAAGGACUUAAAGGCUAUAGACAUAUGUUGUCCUAAAUGCAGCGAGGCAGCUGCAUCAUCUUUCAAGACCGUGUUUCCCCAAUGA